AUGCUUUUCAGUCUCAAGCCCACGAUUCUCCUAGCCGUGGCUCUCACCGCAGUCGCCAGCCCCGUCGCCAACCCAACGGCAGAUGAGCCUCAUACUCUUGUUUCCCGCGCCACCAUCAAAGAUGUUGACUGCGAUGGAACAAAGUUCACCACCACAGACAUCAAAAAUGCGAUCAGCCAGUCAAGGACUGGCGCUGGGAAGUAUCCAGAUACAUAUGGUAACGGCGAGGGCUAUUUCAAGGCCACCACCCAACUGUAUGAGUAUCCUUUGGUUUCGGGGGGUACCUAUACCGGUGGCGAUCCGGGCAAGUAUCGUGUUAUCAUGAAUGAGAAGUAUAACUAUGUUGGAUCGCUAUAUCAUAUUCGUGGUGUAAGCAAUGGCUUUAAGAAGUGCACCAAUGUUGAGGCCAGUCCUGCUACCACGACUACUACCACCACCACUACUAAGGCCACUACUAAGGCCACUACUAAGGCCACUACCAAGACCACUACCAAGACUGGUAGUGGCAAGACGAGUCACAAGUCUGGCAGCAAGUCUAGUAAGAAGGGUAGUAGGCAUUAA